AAAACGUACACAGAGCGCGUUUCGGUUCGUAGUUAUCUAGCCGACACCGAUUGCAUCAAGUUACAUCGAAAUUGCAGCAACUUGUUCCUUUCUACAAUAUCCAAGCAAAUCAAGUGUUCAAGCCGUAGAUUAGUGUCAGUUUUUAUCGUAUUCCGUUCGGUUUCACUUUCGCAGCCCACAAUGUGCGGAAACUUGCUGAAAAUGGGCUUCCUUGGGGGUGGUAAAACCGCCCAAGCCAUGGCGAAAGGUUUCAUCUCCGCUGGACUAGUGAACGCACAAAAUAUCGCGGCCAGUUUUAGCGCAAACGACAAAGUAAACAUGGAGGUAUUCAGGGAAAUGGGAGCAGAAACGUACUUGGACAGUGUGCCGGUUGUCAAACGAUCGGAAGUCAUCUUCAUCAGUGUCAAACCGUGGGUCGUACCGACGGUGCUGCAACAAAUUAGCACGUGCAGUGCGAAUAAGUUGUUUAUUUCCAUCGCGAUGGGACUCAAGCUGGCGGAGUUGGAAGCGAUGUUACUGCCAACGGCUCGUGUCGUUAGAGUGAUGCCUAACACAUGCACACUGGUCCGGGCAGGAGCGUCGGUUUACGUUCGGGGAAAAUCUGCUACCGAAGAUGACUGUUCUCUGACACAAUUGUUAUUUGAAUCCGUCGGAACAUGCGAUGAAGUGACGGAGGCACUGAUUGAUCCUGUUACCGCUCUUUCCGGCAGUGGUCCAGGUUAUGUUUUCACAUUCAUUGAGUCCAUGGCUGACGGAGCAGUCAAAAUGGGUCUGUCGCGGGAUUUGGCCUACAAACUAGCGGCACAAACCGUCAUGGGCGCUGGCAAAAUGGUACUCGAAACGGGUGCACACCCGGGGCAGCUACGCGAUGAUGUGGCCAGCCCGGCAGGAUCGACGAUUGAAGGACUCUCGUUUUUGGAGCAGCAUGCUUUCCGUUCUAUAGUCAGCAGAGCGAUAGAGGCAGCGACUAUGAGAUGUCGAGCUGUGUCCAAAGGAAAUUGAAUAGUCUUCCAAAUAUAAAUUAUUGGAUAGAAAAAAACUAUUAUAUCAUUGAUAUUGUUGUAUUACAAACUAUGAAUGGACAAUAUAUAUU